GGUUUUUACCAUCUUUGAAGAAAAUUAGGUUCAUUAUAAAAGUAAAACCCUAGAAAACCCUCAGCCGCAAUCCACUGACUUUUAGUGCAUUACCGGAAAGCGAAAUUCCGGCGAAGCGCGGCUCCUAUGCGGGUAUCGAAAAAUGGGAAUACCGGCGUUUUAUAAAUGGCUGAUGGACAGGUACCCUCGCACGGUGGUUGACGCAGUCGAAGAAGCCGCCGGAUAUGGAGGCUCUCCGAUCGACACCACCCGACCUAACCCUAACGGUUUGGAGUUCGACAAUCUCUACCUCGACAUGAAUGGGAUCAUCCACCCCUGUUUUCACCCCGAAGGACUGCCUGCUCCCAAGACGUACGAUGAGGUAUUCAAGGCAGUUUUCAAGUACAUUGACAAGAUAUUUUCCGUUGUCAGGCCUCGGAAGCUUCUGUUCCUCGCCAUUGAUGGUGUUGCACCUAGAGCUAAGAUGAACCAACAACGGUCAAGGCGUUUCAAGGCUGCUAAAGAUGCUGCGGAUGAAGCCGUGCAGAAACAGAUGACAGGAAAUGUUUGUGAAUUAAAAGAGGAGAAGUUUCCUUCUUUGGAGCAGUCUAAUAAGCUGGACUCAAAUGUAAUCACACCUGGAACUGAAUUCAUGUCGUUAUUGUCUUCAGCGCUUCGUUAUUACAUAAAUUUAAGAAUGAAUGAGGAUUUGGGAUGGCGUGGAUUAAAGGUUAUUCUUUCAGAUGCCAGUGUUCCUGGUGAAGGGGAGCAUAAAGUAAUGUCUUAUAUCCGUUUGCAAAGAAAUCUACCUGGAUUUGAUCCAAAUAUGAGCCACUGUCUCUACGGGCUGGAUGCUGAUCUUAUUAUGCUUGCACUGGCCACCCAUGACAUCCAUUUCUCAAUUCUUAGAGAGGAUGUUCAGCUACGUAGGAAAAAUUCAAAUAGAUCUUCAAAAUUUGCAAGGCAUUCUUCACUGAUGGAUCAGGGACAAGUUAGUAGAUUUUUGGAACAAAUGGAACCGGUUAGUGAGAAUCUAGAAGCUUACAUAUCAAGACAGAGAUUUCAGUUCCUCAAAAUUUGGGUUCUUAGAGAGUACUUAGUCCUUGACAUGAAAACCACAGAGCCAAAGUUGGAGGGAGAUUCGGAGCGUUUCAUUGAUGAUUUUGUCUUCAUGUGUUUGUUAGUGGGAAAUGACUUUUUACCUCACAUUCCCUCGUUGGAAAUAUCUGAGGGAGCUAUUGAUCUGCUCAUGAUGACCUACAAAAGGGAAUUUCAGAGAAUGGGCGGUUACCUUACUAAUUCUUUUGAGGUAAAUCUGGAAAGGGUGCAGAUUUUUAUAGAAGCUGUGGGACAAUAUGAAUGUGGAAUCUUUAACAAACGUAUGCAGUUACAAAAACAAGGGGAGCUUCGCUAUCAAUGUGCUUCAAAGAAUAAAGUUGUUUCCAAUUAUUCCACAACGCUUAAAAAGGCUAGGGUGGACCAAGAUUUAACAAAUGUGAGCAUUUUGCAAGAUUCAAAUUUCAAUUGCACUUCAAGUGCAUGCGGUGGCUUGGAUACUGUGAUUGACAAGCCAAGUGCUAUGGAGAUUCAAGCACCGCUCAACUCUGCAUGCCGUGGCUUGGAUACUGUGGUUGACAAUAUUAAAUUUGGAGAAGAAGGUUGGAAAGAAAGAUACUAUGCUGAGAAGUUUGAAGUUAAGACUAAAUCUGAUUUUGAAAAAAUGCUGAAGCAUUUGGUCUUGAAAUAUAUAGAGGGAAUAUGCUGGGUCAUGCGCUAUUAUUACGAAGGAGUAUGCUCCUGGCAAUGGUUUUACCCGUAUCAUUAUGCUCCAUUGGCCACAGAUUUUUGUGAUAUUGGCAUUUUAAAGAUUCAGUUCACACUUGGUGAACCAUUCAAGCCAUUUGAUCAGUUGAUGGCUGUAUUGCCUGCAGCAAGUGCACAUGCUCUUCCUUCGUGUUACAGGAAACUUAUGACUGAUAAGUUUUCACCUUUGUUAGAUUUUUAUCCUACAGAUUUUGAUCUUGACAUGAAUGGGAAACGAUUUUCUUGGCAGGCUGUCUGUAAACUUCCAUUUAUUGAAGAAUCCCGCCUUCUUGCAGAGAUAGCAAGAGUUGAACACACACUGACGGAUGAAGAGAGACUUCGGAACAAUUUGGGUUUGGAUAUACUAUUUGUUCACAUGUCUCAUCCUUUAGCAGUGAAGAUAGUUUCAUUCUCCAGGGAGCAUACUAGCCCUCUGGAAUUUCCUAAGUCUGAAGUUAAGCAAGAAAUUGACCCGAAAUUCAGUGGUGGAAUGAAUGGCUAUAUGGUUAUCUCUGAUAAACCUGUGCAGCCUGCACAAAUUUAUUCACCAAUUGAAGGCAUGGAGAUAAUUUCAAAUAAUGAAGUCUUAUCCAUUUUCUACAAGAACCCUCCUUUCCAUGCCCACAUUCCAAGACCACCGGAGGGAGUAUACGUGCCUGGCAAGUCUAUUGGUAAGCAGGACACAUUACCUCCCCUAAUUCUAUGGCAUCAGAAGACAACUGUUGUUGGACGCUUACAUUUUAAAAGGAUCCCAAUCCCCAAUUCUAUUUGUGGCCCACCUCUUGCGAAAUGGGCUCAUGAACUUGUGUCCAAGUAUUAUCCUGCAAAGCCACUAAACACCUUGGUAAGCAAGAGACAAAUUGGUCAGAUAAGUGCAGAUGGAAUAACAAGCUAUACAAAUUCUCAAACAGUUUGUGUAGAUGGGAGAACUAAAAAUCGCAAACGGAGACGUAAACAAUGUAGUAGUGAUGCUAUCAUCCUCGCUGAUAGCCAUGUAGGUGUAAAAGAUGCAAUUUCCAAUUUGUACUUAGGAGAAAAAGUAGCUUUGAGUGACAAUGGAGGUGAUAAAAGCUGCAGUAAUGAAAGAUCUAGCAAACAAGGCAACUGUAUUCUAGAUAACAAUCGAGGUGCUGAGCAAUUGUCAUGUGGAUUGAAAAGCUCUGUUGAUGGUAGAUUAGUUGAUGCUGAAGGUGAAAAUGUUGUGGCUGAAUCUCAAAAACGGAGAAGAAAACGUAAGCGUAGUAAAGGGAAUGGCAUGCCAGGUAAUCAUAUUGCCAGAGAUGGAAUGGAAUGUUUGAGUGACAAUGCAGGUGAUAAAAGCUGCAGUAAUGAAAGAUCUAGCAGCCAAGGCAAUUGUAUUCUAGAUAACAACCGAGGUGCUGAGCAAUUGUCAUGUGGAUUGAAAAGCUCUGUUGAUGGUAGAUUAGUUGAUGCUGAAGGUGAAAAUGUUGUAGCUGAAUCUCAAAAACGUAGAAGAAAACGUAAACGUAGUAAAGGGAAUGGCAUGCCAGGUAAUCAUAUUGGCAGAGAAGGAAUUGAAUGUUUGAAUUCAGGAGAAGCUAUCAGUCUGGUUGGGACUGAGAGUAAUGGAAACUGCACCAAUGGUAUUAAAAUCUUGGAUAGCCAUAUGGCUGAUGAUGGAUGCAAACAGACUGAAGGAAUUGGUAUUCCAGAUGACCAUGCACGUGUAGGUGGAUUAGCUUGUGAUUCAAAUUUGGAAAAAGGAAUUUGUUCGGGUGGUGCUGAAGGUGAGAAGGUUGUGGAAUCUCGAAAAAAGAAAAGAAGACGGAAACGUAACAAAGGUAAUGGCGUUCCAGAAACCAUUGUUGGGGGAGAUGGUUUGGCAUGUUCAAGUAUGAGAGAAGCAAUUAGUGCUGUAGGGACUAAGAGUAACGGAGACUGGAUAGAUGGCUAUAGGAUCUUGGAUAACCAUGUGACUGGAGAUGGACAGAAAAAGACUGAAGGGACUGGUAUUCCAGAAACCAUUGUUGGGGGAGAUGGUUUGGCAUGUUCAAGUAUGAGAGAAGCAAUUAGUGCUGUAGGUACUAAGAGUAACGGAGACUGCAUAGAUGGCUAUAGGAUCUUGGAUAACCAUGUGACCGGAGAUGGACAGAAAAAGACUGAAGGGAUUGGUAUUCCAGAUGGCCAUGUAGGUGCCAAUGGAUUAGCUUGUGCUUCAAAAUUGGAGGAAAAAACAUGUUUAGCUGGUGCUGAAGGCAAGAAAGUUGUUGAGUCUCGGAAAAAGAAAAGAAGACGGAAACGUAACAAAGGGAAUGGCAUUCCAGAUAACAGUGUUGGGGGAGAUGGAUCAGCAUGUUCAAACAUGAGAGAAGAAAUUAUUUUGGUUGGGCAUGAGAGUAAUGGAGAUAAAAUACACGGCAAUAGGGUCUUGGAUAACCAUGUGUCUGAAGAUGAAAAGAAACAUACUUUAAGAACUGGCCCGUUAGAUGACAAUGAAGGCGGAGGUGGAUUAGCUUGCGAUUCAAAUUUGGAAAAGAGAAUUUGUAUAGCUGGCAAUGAAGGUGAGAAAAAAGUUGUUGAAUCUCAAAAAAAGAAAAGAAGGAAACGUAGAAAAGGUAAUGGCAUUCCAGAAAUCAAUGUUGGGGGAGAUGGUUUGGCAUGUUCAAGUAUGAGAGAAGCAAUUAGUGUUGUUGGGACUGAGAAUAACAGAGACUGCAUAGAUGGCUGUAGGAUCUUGGAUAACCAUGUGACCGGAGAUGGACAGACAAAGACUGAAGGGAUUGGUAUUCCAGAUGGCCAUGUAGGUGCCAAUGGAUUAGCUUGUGAUUCAAAAUUGGAGGAAAAAAUAUGUUUAGCUGGUGCUGAAGGUGAGAAAGUUGUUGAGUCUCAGGAAAAGGAAAGAAGAUGGAUACGUAACAAAGGGAAUGGCAUUCCAGAUAACAGUGUUGGGGGAGAUGGAUCAGCAUGUUCAAACAUGAGAGAAGAAAUUAGUGUGGUUGGGCAUGAGAGUAAUGGAGAUAAAAGACACGGCAAUAGGGUCUUGGAUAACCAUGUGUCUGAAGAUGAAAAGAAACAGACUUUGAAACAGACUUUAAGAACUGGCCCGUUAGAUGACAAUGAAGGCGGAGGUGGAUUAGCUUGCGAUUCAAAUUUGGAAGGAACAAUUUGUUUAGCUGGCAAUGAAGGUGAGAAAAAAGUUGUUGAAUCUCAAAAAAAGAAAAGAAGGAAACGUAGAAAAGGUAAUGGCAUUCCAGAAAUCAAUGUUGGGGGAGAUGGUUUGGCAUGUUCGAGUAUGAGAGAAGCAAUUAGUGUUGUUGGGACUGAGAGUAACAGAGACUGCAUAGAUGGCUGUAGGAUCUUGGAUAACCAUGUGACCGGAGAUGGACAGACAAAGACUGAAGGGAUUGGUAUUCCAGAUGGCCAUGUAGGUGCCAAUGGAUUUGCUUGUGAUUCAAAAUUGGAGGAAAAAAUAUGUUUAGCUGGUGCUGAAGGUGAGAAAGUUGUUGAGUCUCAGGAAAAGAAAAGAAGAUGGAAACUUAACAAAGGGAAUGGCAUUCCUGAUAACAGUGUUGGGGGAGAUGGAUCAGCAUGUUCAAACAUGAGAGAAGAAAUUAGUGUGGUUGGGCAUGAGAGUCAUGGAGAUAAAAGACACGGCAAUAGGGUCUUGGAUAACCAUGUGUCUGAAGAUGAAAAGAAACAGACAUUAGGAACUGGCCCGUUAGAUGACAAUGAAGGCGGAGGUGGAUUAGCUUGCGAUUCAAAUUUGGAAGGAAGAAUUUGUGUAGCUGGCAAUGAAGGCAAGAAAAAAGUUGUUGAAUCUCAUAAAAAGAAAAGAAGGAAACGUAGAAAAGGUAAUGGCAUUCCAGAAAUCAAUGUUGGGGGAGAUGGUUUGGCAUGUUCAAGUAUGAGAGAAGCAAUUAGUGUUGUUGGGACUGAGAGUAACAGAGACUGCAUAGAUGGCUGUAGGAUCUUGGAUAACCAUGUGACCGGAGAUGGACAGACAAAGACUGAAGGGAUUGGUAUUCCAGAUGGCCAUGUAGGUGCCAAUGGAUUAGCUUGUGAUUCAAAAUUGGAGGAAAAAAUAUGUUUAGCUGGUGCUGAAGGUGAGAAAGUUGUUGAGUCUCAGGAAAAGAAGAGAAGAUGGAAACUUAACAAAGGGAAUGGCAUUCCAGAUAACAGUGUUGGGGGAGAUGGAUCAGCAUGUUCAAACAUGAGAGAAGAAAUUAGUGUGGUCGGGCAUGAGAGUCAUGGAGAUAAAAGACACGGCAAUAGGGUCUUGGAUAACCAUGUGUCUGAAGAUGAAAAGAAACAGACAUUAGGAACUGGCCCGUUAGAUGCCAAUGAAGGCGGAGGUGGAUUAGCUUGCAAUUCAAAUUUGGAAGAAAGAAUUUGUUUAGCUGGCAAUGAAGGUGAGAAAAAAGUUGUUGAAUCUCAAAAAAAAGAAAAGAAGGAAACGUAGCAAAGGGAAUGGCAUUCCUGGUAGUGAUGUUGGGGGAGAUGGAUUGGCUUGUUUGAAUAUGAGUGAAGCAAUUAAUAUGGCUGGGACUCAGAGUAGGGACUAAAAGGGAAUGGUGCUUCUAAUGAACAUAAAGCUGCAAAUGGAUUAGCUUGCCAAUUAAAUUUGAUAUGAAAUUGUUUUGCUCAAAUUGGUAAUUCCAAGUUCGUAACACCCAAGUCUCAAAACCAGGAAAGAAAUGAAUGGAAUGGAAUGGGUUGAAUUCGAGAGAAGCUCUUAUUGUGGUUUGGGCUUGGAGUUAGGGAAACUGCACAGGCAACAAAAUUUGGAGGAUGGAAAGAAACAGACAAAAGGGAAUGGCAUCCCUGACAACCAUGCAAGUGCUCGCAGAUUAGCUUGACAUUUGAAUUUGGAAGAUAGAAAUAGUUUAGGCAAUGCUGAAGGUGAGAAAAGUGUAUUGGUUGAAUCUCAUAAAAAGAGACAAAAGCGGAAACAUGGAAGAGAGUGAUGUUCCUGGUAACCAUGUGCCCGAGUAUGUACGGAUAUGCCGUUUGAAUUCUAUCGAGAAGGAGACCGAAUCUCCAUGGAUGGGACUGGGACUGGGACUGGGACUGGAGGUGAUGAUGGUGGAUCUGAAAAACAGAGGAAGAAGCAAAAAGGGGAAGCAAAGGGUAAAGUUAGUAGCCUAGUGCUAGAAGUCUUAUAGAGCCAUAAAUUUUUGUAUUCUUAGUGUUGUAACGAUAAAAUUUUGCUUCUUGUUAAAUUACAUUAGUUUGUUUUGUUAUUUUGCCUCUGUGUUUUAACAAUAUCAUUUUUCUGAAAAAAGUAAAAUUUUGCGAUUCUUGUUGGUCAA